AUGGCGCCAAACACACCAUCGAAACCGAGAGCGCCUCGCCUCACCGCAGAUGAUCAAGUGCAGUUCCUUCUUAGCUGCAUCCGCAACGCCACUGGCGGUGGCAAGAUUGAUUUCGCUAACGUCGCCGAUGAAUGCGACAUUGUGACCAAAGGAGCCGCCGCAAAACGCUACGAGCGUCUCCUGAAAGCAAACAACAUCGCUCCAGCGGGGGGCAGCAAUCUUACCUCGAAAACCACCAACGAUGAGAACGCUGAUGAAGACGAAGCCGAUGGACUUGAGGCCGCCGCGACGGGAGGAGCAGGCAAGAGUCGCAAGCGUAAGAGCCCAACUGCUACUGCGGCUGCUAUAUCUGGUCGAAAGGGGAAGACGAGUGGCCUGCUGGCUAGAAAGAGGACAAAAGGCCAGCUCAUGAAGGAGAUGGCUGUGGCUAGAGCGCAUAGAAUGGUUGGGAUGAGUGAUUCCGGGGAUGAGACUGUUAAGCAGGAAGAUGGGGAGGAGGACGAGAAUGUUGAUGAUGAUGGUUUGACCAUCAAGAAAGAGGAUGCUGAUGAGGAGAUACUUAUGGAAGACGAAAACUGAGAUGGGGCGACUGGGGCUGGCAAAGAGACGCUGGGCUUGGACCAGGCUGGCUUCGACGAUCGUGACCAGUAGGUGGCUGUUUAAGGAACAUGAUUGUGGUGAAGCAGACUAAAGACUCGGUUGGAGGCUGAGCAUCUAGGUUCUUGCAGGGCGUUCGGUACUAUGUCGUCUCCAGGUCUUUUGUGAUUCGUUUUCGGACUGCGGUGACCUCCAGCCUGUCUGUGCUUCGGUUGAGAGGCUUCUUCGAUUUGAGGAUGGAUAUUUUUACAGGGGCUAUCUUUGUCCUAAUUGGAAUUUUUACACGCGCGGCUCUCGAGAUCAUCAGCUCCUUUGGUGGGCGGUAAAUGGCAAGCCUUGCUUUGGUCGACGUUUCUUUAUGUGAAACCCGGGUUGAUAGCAUGUUGAAGAGCAAUGGG